AUGUCAAGCAUUUUUAUGCCAAUUGAAGAGGCAAUUGAACAUUUUAAGAAAAAUAAGUUCAUUAUUGUAAUGGAUGAUGAAUCCCGUGAGAAUGAAGGUGAUUUAAUUUGUGCAGCAGCCAAUGUUCAUACUGAGGAUUUGGCAUUUUUAGUACGUUAUAGUUCAGGUUAUGUCUGUGCACCAAUGUCCAAUGCAAUUGCUGAUAAAUUAGACUUGCCAUUACUAAGAACUGGUAUGAAAUAUCAAUCAAAUGCUGAUGAUAGACAUGGUACUGCUUAUACAAUUACUGUAGAUUUUGCAGAAGGCACUACUACUGGUAUCUCUGCUCAUGAUAGAGCUUUGACUUGUAGAAAGUUAAGUGAAUCAAGUUCUACUGCUACUGAUUUCUUGAAGCCUGGCCAUAUCUGUCCAUUAAGAGCUGUAGAUGGUGGUGUUUUAAAUAGACGUGGUCACACUGAAGCAGCUGUUGAUUUAUGUAAACUAGGUGGUUUGCCAGAAGUUGGUGUUAUUUGUGAAUUGGUCAAUGAUAGAGAUGGUUCAAUGAUGAGAUUAGACGAUUGUGUAAAAUUCGGUCAUGACCAUAACAUUCCUUUGAUUUCCAUUGAACAAUUAGUGGAAUAUUUGGAAAAUAAACAAUAA